AUGGAGAUGAGGAUGAUGAGGUCUCCAUUUCGUGCUGUCAUCCAUUUGGGGUUUCCCAUGGUGCAGGUUCAGAUCAUGCAAGACCACAACCCCGAUCUCAACGCCCCUCCGCUGCCUCCGCCGCCUCCCCACCAGCGGCGCCCGAGGGUCCGCGAGGUCAGUUCGCGAUUCAUGUCCCCCGCCGUGCAGCGCCGCCCUCGUACGGAGCCCGAUCCCGCCGCCGACGAGAAUUCCGAAACCCCAUUUCCAACGGGAUGUUCCAUCUCUCAGAGAAAACAACAACAGCGUUCGAUGAAGAUUUUCAAAGAGAACAACAACGGACACGAACAGGUUUCGCCACACCCUUCAAAAUCGUGUUCUGGCAGAAUCGGCAGUGGCAAUUGCACACCUUGUGUUUCUAGGCCAGGCACUCCCACUCCCUCGGUUUACGUAUCUUCGAGGUAUAGACUCUCACAACAACACCAUCUCCAUAGCAACCAUCACCAUCACAGGUUUGUAAAUGUCAUGGCCUCUGCUGCUGAGAAAUUGAUGCAAGCCAGUGGGUUGAAUCAGGCCAAGCCUAAUGCUGCUUGCUCCAGUGAUGAUUCUGGAGUGAACUGCAGUGUUCAGUCACUUCCUGAAUUGGGGGAUAGGGAUAUGUUACUUCAGUCCAAUUUGUCGGUGGGUGAGAAAAUUGGGGGUGGCAAUUGUGGGGACUUGAAGUUUCGCCACCCUUCGCCUUUGUCGCGGUCGGUUAAUUUGCCUUCUUCUGGAAAUGAGAUGCAGCCUCCUUCUUCAGUCUUGAAGCAGCAUGGGAAUGGAAAUCAGUUAGCUAAGUCAGGGGGGCUUAGUUUGCCACCUGUUCCUCCUCAGUGUGUAAAGCCAGCGGUGGAUGUGAGGAGAGGGAAGAAAGGGUCUGGUCAUCAGGAAGAUGUGCAUUCCCUUAGAUUGUUGUAUAAUCGUUAUUUACAAUGGAGAUUUGCCAAUGCCAAAGCGCACUCUGCGAUGAAAGCUCAGCAAGCAGAAAGCCAGAGAUUAUUAUAUUCCCAAGCAAUGAAAAUAUCAGAAAUGCGUGAUUCUGUAAACAAGAAACGCAUAGAGCUGGAGUUUUUACGGAGAUCAAAGACUUUGUCAACAAUUCUUGAAGCUCAAAUUCCAUAUCUAGAUGAGUGGUCGACUAUGAUGGAAGAGUAUUCGGUCUCUAUUACUGAAGCAAUUCAAGCUUUAGUGAAUGCCUCAGUGCAACUUCCAGUUGGUGGGAAUGUUAGGGUUGAUGUAAGAGAGGUGGUGGAUGCUCUGAAUUCAGCAUCGAGGAUGAUGGAAACAAUGAUUUCCAACAUCCAAAGAUUCGUGCCAAAGGCAGAAGAAAUAGAUAUUUCUAUUUCAGAACUAGCCAGGGUUGCUGGAGGGGAAAGGGCUCUUAUUGGAGAAUGUGGAGAUUUAUUGUCAAAGACAUACAAGUCACAGGUGGAGGAGAGCAGCUUAAGGGGUCAACAAAUCCAAUUGCAUUCAAUUUGCCUUAAGAAUAAGAACAAAGAAUAA